AUGUCGUAUGACAUUGGGCAUACGAAAUGGACCUUAGCCAACAAGGAAUGUUUGGCUGCGGUAAAGAACACGAUUGAGCCAACCAUAUUGGGCUUAAUCCCAGAGUAUGACACCGUCUCUAAGUACCUCGAAAGUAUAAAGAGCCAGUUUGCUGGUUCUUCAAAGUUUUAUGCGACACAACUGAUAAAGCAGCUUGUGACAGAAAGGUACCAUAGAGGUGGUGUAAAAGACCACAUUCUUAGGAUGAGCAACAUGGCUUCCAAGUUGAAGCAAAAAGAUUUGGGCAUCUCAGAUGACUUUCUGGUUCAUCUGGUUAUGACCUCAUUGCCAAAGCACUUUGUCAACCUUGUUGUCAACUACAAAAUAAGUCCAGAGAAAUGGAAUAUUGAAGAGCUCAUCUCUAAUUGUGUGCAAGAGGAGGAAAGAAUCAAAGAGACCAUUGGUGGCUCAAUUAACCUUGUUAAAGAUAACAAGGAAAAGAGCCACAGGUCACCCUCCUCAAAAGCAAAACAGCCUCAGCAUCUGCCUCAGCAACAACAGUUCACAGUUGAGACAGGAUCAGUGUCUCCACUGCAAGAAGACAAGACAUUCCAAGAAAGAUCGUCCUGA